UAAGUAAUAGUAAAAAAGUAUGAACAAUUUGAGAAAGUUUAACUUUCAUUCUAGUUAUAUAGUGAGAAAUAAAAGUGUAUCCCCAAAGAUGAAGUUUGACAAGAUGGCUUCAGUAAUUCCUUGUGACCAAGUAAAGUCAUGCGUAAAAGCUGCAGAUUUAUUAUCAACCGGUCAUGUGAUAGCAGUGCCUACAGAUACUGUGUAUGGGCUAGCAUGCAGUGCCAAUUGUCCAGAAUCAAUAAAAAAAUUGUACAGUAUUAAAGGUAGGGACUCGGCCAAACCUGUUGCUAUAUGUGUGACAUAUAUAAAAGAUAUCAGAAAAUGGGGUGAAGCAGCACAUCUAAGUGACAAGUUACUUUAUAGUUUGUUACCUGGACCUGUAACAUUAGUGUUAGAAAAAACUAAAUAUCUUGAUAAUCCAUUCCUAAAUCCGCACACAACUAAAAUCGGUAUACGUAUUCCAAAUCACAGGUUUAUAAAUGAUGUGACAAAAAUGUUUAAUAAACCAUUGGCAUUAACUAGUGCCAAUUUUAGUAACGAGCCUUCUACACUAUGUGUGAAAGAGUUUGAGCAUUUAUAUGGAUAUUUGGGUGCCGUUUUUGACGGUGGGGUCCUCAGCCAGGGGUUAGAGCAAAAUAGAACAGGUUCUACAGUUAUAGACUUGUCUGUUGAAGGUACUUAUAAAAUUAUAAGAAAGGGAAUUUCCUAUGAGAAGAUUGUUGAGAUAGUUCAAAGACAUGGUUUAAUCUGUAUUGUGAAAUAAAGUUUUAAGAAAAGUGAAAGAAAUUAUAAUUGUUUUAGUAAAUUGUGAGCUUUU